AUGUACAGGGAAUAUGACUUUAAAAAUGAAGAUAAUAAACGUUUUAUAAAUGUAAAAAGGAAAAAGGAUAGAAAUAAGAACAUCAAUUUUGAACAAAUAAAAAAAAAUAAUUAUAUAUGUGUAGAAAUUCCUGGUAAAAUAAAAAAACGGAGUAAUGGAUUAUCUGCUGUUGAAUCUUUGGGUGGAUUAAAUAAAAUUACUGAACUUUUUAAAUAUGAUGAAAAUAUAUAUAAUAAAAAUGGUUAUGAAAAUGAAGGGCAUUCUUUAAUAUUACGCAUAAAUAACAAUGAUAUAUUUUCAUCUUUUGUUUCGUCCAAUUGUACAAAAGUUAACAACAUUUUAAUUAAAAUAAAAAAGACUAAGAAAAAUAGAUAUAAGAUUGAAUUUAUAGGGUUUGUAAAAUAUUUGUAUUAUUUUGAUAAUAUGUCUGAUUUUUAUUAUAUUCCAACCUUUUAUAAUAGGCAUAAUUACAGCACAAAUUAUAUACACUAUUUAACAAAAGAUGAAAAAGAAAAAAGUACAAAAAGUAAAGAUAAUAAAAAUGAGAACGAAAAUAAUAAGCGCAUAUUUCCAGACAGCUAUUUUGAUCAUUUUUUCCCAAAUAAUUUUAACCUUAACACUGAAUGUAAAAACAAGGAUUUUUUUCCUAACCAAAUAAAUGGGACGCAUUAUCCAUGGAAUAAUUCAAUUUGUUUAAAUAAAAAUAAAAACAUACAAAAUAUAGAGAAUAAUUAUUAUAUUAAUGAAGGAAUGUGUGUUUCUGAUAAUGCAAAUUUGAACAAUAUCCAAAAUAUAAAUCAGACAAUAAACGAAACAUUUAAACCAGUAAAUAAUAAUGGUGAAAAAAUUGACACCAUAUUUGAGAAUCCAAUAUUGACUAAUGUAAAGGAAAAUAGCAUAGUAGAUUCAUUACCUCUUAAUUCAUCUACAUUUAUAUUUUAUCCAAAUCAAUUAUCUAGUUUUCAUUGCUCUACCUUUGCAGGAUUUGAUAAAAAUAAUGAACUUGAUAAAUAUUUUUCAGAUAAAGAAAAAAAAGAAUUAUAUAAAAACAUUUUAAAUUAUAAAGAUGCUUUAAAUAUGUUUGAUGAUAAAACUGAUUUUAAUUUUUCAUCUGAAGAAAGUGAAGGAUAUGAAUUACAAAGUUGUAUACAUAGUAAAAGUACAAUACCAUAUGAUUUUAAAAAAUAUAAAUCUCAAAAAAUAAGUAAAUAUAUAAGAGAGUAUAAAUAUAUAAUAAGUAAAUUUACUGAACCAUUUGAUUCUAAAAAUGAAAUAAAAAAUGAAGACUUAGAAAAUUUUAUUAAAAAAUUAAUAAUAAAUAAAAAUGAAAAAGAACAUGAUUUACCUAAUAAAUCAGUAUCACUUCGAUUUGCUUCUGAAAAUAUAGAGAAUGAAAAAGACUUAGAAAACAAAAAUAGUGACAAAAUUGAAAUGGAAAAAAAUGACAAAUUAAACAUAGAGAAUAAUAUACUUUACAAUAAUAAAUAUAUGGAUCAAAAUAUUUCCAAUGGUUCUAGUGAUUCAAUUGAAAUUAGAAAAGAAGCUAAAGAAAAUUAUAAUCGAAAUAAUAGUAGUGAUGAUAUGAAUAAAAUAAUAGUAAGUAAAAAAACAGUACAUUGUAAUCCAAUUGCCAAUUUUAACGAUCCAGUAUAUCCUAUAAUUCCAUAUGAAUCUGCAUUAAAAAAAUAUGUAUCUGUUGAAUUAUAUAAUAGAGUAAAAUGUCUUUUUGAUAUUCGACCAAUAUGGUCAAAAGAAGUUUUGGUAGAACAUCUUGAAAAUGUAACAACAUAUUGUUUAAAAAGUUGUUUUUCAAAAAUAUGUUUUUAUUUUGCUAAUGGGCCAUGGAGACGUACAUAUUGUAGAUAUGGAUAUGAUCCAAGAAAUGAUCCAUCAAGUUAUAUUUAUCAAACUAUAGAUUUUCGAGAUAAUUAUUAUAGAGAUAUAAAUACAAAAAAUAUUGAAGAAAUGAAUAAACCUAUUAUAAAAAAAAAAAAUAUUCUUGAUCAAACUAUAACUAAUAUAAUUAAAAAUAUAAAUGAAGGAGACACAAAAUUUUCAAAUAUUUCAGAUAAUAAUUAUUUUUACAUAAAUAAAGAAAAUGUCAUUAAAAUAAAAAGGGAAAAUUUUACCAAUUCUGAUUUGAAUAUAUAUGGAAAUGAAAUUCCAAAUAUGGUCACUCAUUCUGAAUCCAAUCUAAUACAAGACAAUUUUAAAACAUCUGUAAAUACAGAUAAUAAUAACAUUAAAUUAAAUACUACAAAAAAUAUAGAACCAAAUAAUAGUACUUUGCAUAUUAAAAUUUCUCAUGAAGAGGAUGAAGAAAUUAACGAAAUUUUUAAAUUUUUAAAAAGAUCAAAUAGUUUUCAUUUUAGAAAAAAAUUUUCAUCUGAAAUUCAUUUUUGUGUUAGUCCUUUAAAGCUCUCAACGAUUUAUCAGUAUAUUGAUAUAUUUGACAAUAAUGUUUUAAACUAUUUGUCAAGCAUUAAAACCCAAGAUGUUUGCACAAAGGACAAUGGAUGGAUUAGUAAUAAAGAUAUAACUAAAAUCCGUGACAUUUUAUUUGUUAAAUCGAUGACUUUACGUCAAGCCCAUACUAAGUAG